CAUGGACGUUACCCCCAUACCAGAAUCCGAGGACCUUACACAGCUCUUUGACCUUUCGCCAGAGGGAUUUCCAUGGAAUGACCGUCGCGUUGAGGACAUCAAAAACCGAAGAGCAGAUAUGUCAGAUCUUCUCAUCUUUGACAUCCUUCUGUUAUCGGGAGAGAUGCGCCAGCCAAGCGCGCUCUGGCCACCCACGGACGUUGCAUCCCUACAGCGUCUCUUGGCCGCCAUCGAGCAAUCGAAGUAUGACGGACUGAAGAAGGACUGUUUGAUAUACUUCUUGCUCAAGUGGCAUCAGGACGAUAGGGCGGCGUCGUUCAAAGAGACGCGAUGCAUACCGCCGCAGUUUUCCGCGCUCUCGGACGCGUUUUGGCAUCUGGACACAGGCAUCAAUGUUGAGUAUGCGAUCUCACUACUUGCUGAUGUCCGUCUCAAUCGCGACUACACCUCCAAAAUUCUCAAAGCCAUCUCUUUCGACGAAGACUCUGCGCGUCUUAUAGUAAAAUAUAUACGAACCGUGAAGCCUCUCCUCACUGAGCCAGACGACCUCGACAUAUAUGUUGUGGCACUGGCGCAAAAUAGUAUCAUGGAGGCGUGGCACUUUCAGCGGACAUUCCCCGAGAGCAACGGGACGCGGACACGUUUGAUCCGCAAGAUCCUGAGUUGGGCGCUCUCUCCAACACCCAAAGAGGAACCUCUCGUUCACCUCCUGGCGUUCCCCUUCUCCCUCUUCGAGCAGUCC